AUGGAUUUCUACAAUGUUGCCAUUAUUUUUGCUGGCUUGGGGUUUUGGAGCUUGCUUGUCUAUCUCUUUCAUGUUCUCUGGCUCAGUGGAGAAAGUCGUCGACUGAGUCUUCGAAGGCAAGGGAUUGAUGGUCCGUUACCUGCUUUCCUUUGGGGGAACGUUCCUCAAAUGAAGCAGAUGCUUCCCGCUGCUCCAAAUCAGUCCUCCAAUGAACCAAUCAAGGAGCCCUUGUCACAGCAUUGUUUAAUGAAUCUCUUCCCUUAUUUUAAGCAGUGGACUAAACAAUAUGGUCAGUCGUUCUUGUUUGCACUUGGGAGGUCACAGUUCUUGUAUGUAGCUGACGCUUAUUUCGUAAGAGAAAUAAACUGUUUCACGUCGUUGGAUAUGGGGAAACCUGCUUAUCUACAAAAAGAUCGAGGAGCUUUGCUAGGCAAGGGCCUUAUCACCACGAAUGGGGCAAUCUGGUCCUAUCAGAGAAAGACUAUUGCGCCCCAUCUUUUCGUGGACAAGGUCAAGGACAUGCUACAGCUAAUGGUGCAGUCCGGCGGGGAACUGGUGAAAUCAUGGGAGAACAUAGUUGAAGCUAAUGGUGGGAUUGCAGACAUCAGAGUUGAUGAUUAUGUGAGACACUUCACCUCGUUUAUCAUUUCAAAUGUGAUGUUCGGGGAUGAAUGGCAGAAGGGCAUGGAAAUAUUUCCAAAAUCUCUAGCUCUUAUUAAUGCCAUGAGCACACCAACGAUACUCAGUGGUAUCCCUUUCUACAGAUACUUUCCCACUAAAACGAAUAGAGAGAUUUGGAGGCUUGAGAAGGAGAUUCAUUCAACAAUUAUGGACAUAGUAAAGAAGCACGCCGAGUCUGCUUCUAAAGACUUGUUGCAAGUGAUCAUCGAAGGUUCCAAAAAUGGUGUUCUUGGGCCAUCCACAGCUGAAGAGUUCAUAGUGGACAAUUGCAAGGACAUCUGCAUCCCUGCCUCUGAAGUUACUGCUGUUUCUGCAACAUGGGGUCUAAUGUUAUUAGCUUCACAUCCUGAAUGGCAAACUCGUAUACGUACUGAGGUUUUAGAAGUGUGUAACGGUGGAAUCCUAAAUUUCGACAUGCUUCACAAGAUGAAAGCGUUAAGAAUGGUGGUUCUAGAGGUGCUGCGACUUUACCCUGCAACGGCAUUUGUUUCAAGGCAAGCUUUGCAAAAUGUGAAGCUUGGUCACGUUGAAAUACCAAAAGGGGUUAAUAUUUGGCUAUGGUUGCUAGAACUGCACUUUGAUCCUAAAUUUUGGGGACCUGAUGCAGAAAAAUUCAACCCUGAGAGAUUCGCUAAUGGCAUUUCUAAAGCAUGCAGAUCUUCUCAAGCCUACAUACCAUUUGGUGUAGGGGCUCGAGUAUGUCCAGGCCAGAGCCUUGCAAUGACAGAACUACAGGUGUUGUUCGCAAUCAUCCUGUCAAACUUUCGUCUCACCAUAUCUCCCAACUAUCGCCACUCGCCUCAAUAUGCUUUGCUAAUAGAGCCUGAAUUUGGAGUAAAUGUCCUCGUUCAAAAGAUAUGAGUGACGUUCCUAUCAAAGACAUUGAUAAUUCAACUACAACACCAGAAUAAGAAAAUGAUAUAUUAUCUAUUAUUUGAAAGACAAAGUUGGUUUUGAUGGAGAUUUGCUACUAUAUUCCUAGUUUCUUAUUCCCUCGUGUAUGAAAUUUCAGAAGAUAUGAGUGAUCUCUAUCAACGUCUUGCCAUCUCUCCUAGCUAUCGUCACUCGCCUCAAUAUGUGUUGUUAAUAGAGUAAAUGUCUUUGCUCAAAAGAUAUGAGUGAUGUUCCUAUCAAAGAUGUUGAUAAUUUAACUACAUUAAUAGAAUAAAUAAAUAAUAUGGUAUGUAUUAUUUUAAAGACAAUGUUUAUUUUGAUGAAA